AUGGUGUCCUUCUUUGGCCUCAGAUUCGGCAGCGACAAGAAAAAGUCUCCAAGCAAGCAGUCCGAAAAGAAACAGCUUUCGCCCCAGCCACAGCCAACAACUCGACGAUGGAAUACCGAUGGCCAGGUCAACCCGAAUGACAGCUUCAAGUUUCCGCGGCCGCAACAGCCGCCACGACCAGGCACUUCUACCUCGGGCAAGCGAAACUCGACCUGGCGCGCAACAUUCAAGGGAAUCCCUGCCGCAUCGUCCAUGGUCGACCUAUCCGUGCCUCGAAAACCCAGCGAGACCAGUCUGCGCCAUGGAAUAGACGGCAGUAGCUUCAAGCCCUGGAUGAAGAUGAACGCGAGCAUGACCAACCUUGCCGUGCCGGAUCCCUUUGGCGUGGACGGCAGCCGUCGGCCGGGAAUGCCGUCACCCCCUCCUGGCUCGAAGGGGUCCGAGUGGGUGAAUCCUCUGGAUGUUCACUUCAACAAAAAGCCUGGAAGCACCUCGGGGUCAAUAGCUCGUUCUGGGAGCGGCAGUACGCAAACAGCGGGCAAUAAGAGCCCAUUGAGCCAGCCUGACUUGAAACCUCUGCCCGAACCGCAGCCGGAACCAGCGCCAAACGAUUCGAGCAGUUUGGAUGAGUUUGCCGAUUUUGGAGAACCCGGGCCCGACGUUGGCAUUCGCGGAUCGGGAUACGCCGGAUAUCCGUCCCCUCCUCAGUCGAUUGAAACCGAAGAGCAAUGGCCUCCUCUGACCUCCCCAGGUGGAGAGACUGGCGCCGAGUCGGACGAAGAGACCGACUUGGAAGCAGCGGCAGAGAUGGACGAUGAGGACCUGGAAGACGAAGCAGACACAAAUAGACCGCCAAGCCAGUUCAUGCCCCCUGGAUUUGCCAACGGACAUGGCCCUACGAUGCUGCCCAGCCCGUCUUCGUCCAUGUCGCGCAAGAGCGAAGACAAGCGAGCCUCCCCAGUCAUUAGGAAUGUGCAGGCGAAGCGAGACACGCUGACGUUCUUGUCGCCUCGGAGGAGGAGCUUUACCAUGGCCAUUGAGGCGGCGGACCUUGAAAAGCAUCGACUGCAGCAACAUCCAGUAGAAGGGCUUGCCGGCAACUUUUCCGAUUUCGACUUUGGCGACGAGGUGACCAAGCCGCGCACCGUGGCUGUAGGAACGCUCGGCUUGGAAUUGACUGAGAGCCCGAUCCAGAUGAAGGGGCCGCAUCCGUUCAGGGAGGUUCAAAACGCCGAGGACGAAGACGAAGAAGUCGUCAACGCUCAGGACCUGUCUAUGGCUGGACAGGAUGCCGAUGAUGGUGCCAGUGAUGGUUUGACCGAGCCAAGUGAGACUGCUUCGUAUGCUUCGCCCAUGGCAUCCCCUGUUGCAUCUCCUAUAGCCUCGCCAGUGGCAUCACCAACCACAGCUUCACAGCCGUACGAGGUCCGGCAUCAUGUGCCCUAUCAGUAUCAGGCGCGACAGCCAGGCGGACAGGGUGGCAGCCCUCAACGCCUCAAGGUGGCCAUUCCGGAUGAGGACUGGGAGACUCCGUCGAUGAAUCAGCCGCUUCCUUCGCCCUCCGCCGUUUCGGCUGGCAUCGAAAGUCCCCGACAAAUCAUUCGAAGACCGUCUCAGGCGAAUAUCGAGUCUCCCGUCGCUCUCGGCCCAGUCCUGAACUCGUUUACACCCUCCACGCCUCAGGGCUUCAACUCGCGCAUGACGUCUGAUUCACGCGCCCGUGGCCCUCCGCAGCCUCUGCAACCCAUGUCCCCGGCUCCAUUCUCUAGCCUCAUGUCGCGGAUGGAGACGCCGACGCAGAGCCCACGCAGCCCCUUUGGACCUGCUGUCGACGAUGACAACUACAUGCGCUCUCACGAGGCACCUCGACCACCGGUAGACCGCGUGCCCCUGAGCCCCUUUGCUUCCCGGACGCCCAUGGAAGGAGAGUUUCCCAUCAUGAAAGGCCUUCCUCGGGGAAGGCAACCUCUUCGCCCUCCGCUUGCGGCCGGCGAGUCUCCGGAGGUACGAGCCAACAGUCGGAGUCCUCGAUCCUUCUCCAAGUGGGGAGCCUUUGGCCUUGACCGAUUAGAGACACGGGGCUCCCCGGUGCUUCCGCGAAGCCCCCGGGGGCAGCGGUCGACCUCGCCGGACUGGUCUCUAUCCACACCCACGUCGGCCGUGGCGCCACGGAUUCCUAGCCCGACGUUUCCCUCGCUGGAGAAGGCCAUUUCGGCGUCGAGCGAGGAUUUUGCCAAGUCGUUUGAGUUGUCCUUUGAUGCGCCUCAGCCGUCCCCCCUGGCCAACGAGUUUACCAUUGACGAUUCGCCCAGCCCAGCCAUGAAACCGAGUCCCGUCAUACGCGUUGAGGCGAAGAAGGCUCCCCCACGGCCGACGCCCUCGCCGAUCAACCUUCCGCCCUCGCUCGUGAGGGACAAGGGCCCCUUGACGCCAAACAGCGUGUAUUCCCCUUCAGGAUCGACGUUUAUCUAG